AUGGUUACAGCAAUUCAGUCUAGUAAAAAAAAAGAAUCAGAUGUUUAUCGCCGCGCAGAGCAACUUGUGAUUUAUGUUCGAGCGCUUCAUAUGUUAUCAUCAGCAUUGCUUCUUGCACAGCGGCAAAUCUCUGAUGAAUCUCUCCUACCGUCAUCCAAUGUCCAAUACAUUAUUAACCAGCUCAAUGAAAAAUAUCACAGUUGUUUGUUGCGAUCGCAAGAAUUGGUCUCAUUGGGAUUACCUGGUCAUGAUCCAGCUAUGGCGGUUAUUUCGGCUGAACGGAUAAUGUAUAAACAUGCGAUUGAACUUUGCCAAAGUGCUGCAUUAGAUGAACUUUUCGGAAAAUCACAUUUGUGUUCGCAAAGAUACCAGACCGCUUAUAUGAUGUUCCACACAUUAUCAGAACAAGUCUCGAGCGAAGCGGAUAAAUUAAUCCUUUCGAAAUACAAGAAUGCAGUUGAAAAAAGACUCCGCAUUCUCGAAAGGCAAGGUCAUGUUCAAGCAAUUCCAAGUAUUUAA